UCAAAAAACGCCAUGUCCCCGCCAACGGAUCGCCUCGGCUUCUACAUCGCCAUCAUAUGCGCUAUGCCGAUUGAGUCCAACGCAGUUGAUCUACUCUUUGACGAGCUGUACGAUGAUGCCGGGCCAGCCUUCGGGAAGGCACCAGGCGACACCAAUAAGUACAAAACAGGGCGACUCGGGAAGCACCAUAUCGUGCUGCUCACUCUGCCUUCGAUAGGCCCACAGGCGGCUACCGCCGGAUCUGCACAGAUGAUCAUGAGCUUCCCCAACAUCCAGUUUGGGCUCAUCGUCGGCGUUUGCGGCGGCCUGCCUCAGAUCAAUAACAAAAACGCAUUUCUCGGCGACGUUGUCGUCAGCACCAGCCUCCUCAACUACGACUUCGGUACACAGUAUACGGAUCAUUUCGCGGUAAAGUUCGACAUCCAGAACACACUUGGGCCGCCGAGCAGCAAGCUUCAAUCCCUGCUGUCCUUCCUUGAGAGGGAGCACGACAUGGGCCGCCUCAAAGAGAGUGCGGCGAAAAAUCUUGGCCAGCUGCAGGCCAGGGCCAGCGAGAAGAGGCGCAAAGCAAAUUACAAGUCACCCAGCCACGAUUUGGACCUGAUCUUCCCCUCCGACUACGAGCAUAUCGACCGCAAGGAGGAUUGUGCUGAAUGCGACGCCACGCCUCGGAGAUUCUGCGAACCGGUCACCCGCAAGACCUGCGACGACGCCGGCUGCGAGGAUGAUCGACAGGUGUGCAGGGGCGACGCCCGGAGGGAGCAGCUUUACGCGAUGGGCUACGCGACGGGCCUUCCGCAGAUAUUCCUGGGCAAGGUCGCGUGCGGCAACGCCGUCAUGAUGUCGGGCCGCCACCGAGACCAAAAGGCCAAGGAGCACGACAUCAUCGCCUUCGAAAUGGAGGGGGCUGGGGCCUGGGAGGUGCUCUCCUGUCUUGUGGUCAAGGGUAUCUGCGACUACGCCGACAGCCACAAGAACAAGCAUUGGCAGAAUUUCGCGGCCGCCACGGCGGCCUCGGUGGCUGUGGCAAUCCUUGAGCAGUAUGAGCCUCCGGACGACAUGACGGGGAGGUCGGGAGCCUCCAGACAGGGCCCGGUCACGACUGUGACGCAUAAUUAUGGAGGCCAAAGUGGAAAUAGCCACAACAUACUAGGUUCUACAUUCGGCAGUGGAACGACGAUCAAUAUGGGUGGUUAGUAGUUUGUUGGCUAUCACAAGAUGGCAGUGUGAUGGACAAACGGUGCUAGAUAGGUUCUAUUGUAGGCCUAUCUAGAUAUCUCAAGAGGAAGGAAGACGGGGCACACGGCCAUGGGCCUCGUGCCCUUUUAUCUACAAUGAUACCCGUAUUUUGCAGGUGUGGUACCCACUACCGCACCC